UGCAAACAAAGAAAGCCGGAGCGACCUGUCCUUUGGAGGUCCUUCCCGGAUAAUUUCAUUUAAAAGCAACAAAAAAGCCAACACCGAACUUUAUAACAACAACAGCAGGGAAAAAGCGGCCGGAGAAGGAUUCGCGGGGGGCGGAUGGAAAGGAGCGAAGUCCCGAUGCGGGAAGAGGGACGGGCGGCUGGCGAGACGGCGUGCUUUUCGGAUUUAAAGAUAUUUUUUAUCCGACAGCAUUCCCGCUGAAUUUCCUUCGGAUCCUGGCAGAAGGCGCCGGAGCCAGUGAUGGACAACUCCUAAUCUGGAUUAUAAAUCCCAAUCCACACGGAUGAUCUAAGGGAGAAUUUGGAGCUUGCGUUCUGUUCCUAUCUGGCUUGUCUGGACAAGGAAAUUGGGGGCUUGGCUGCCACUGACCGUUGGGUAAAGGGGACAAAUGGCCAAGUGGUUUAAGGAUUAUCUAAGUUUCGGGAGCAGGAGGUCUCCCCCACAGCCCCCCAAACCAGAUUACACCGAGAGUGAGAUCUUGAAGGCGUAUCGGGCACAGAAAAGUUUAGACUUUGAGGAUCCGUACGAAGAUGGGGAAGGCAAAGCUGAUCCGGAUCCCGGAGGGUCGCCUAACAAGGGGGGCACCUGCAGUGGCAAUUUGGAAGGAAAAUACGGCUCCCCCAAGCACCGCCUCAUUAAAGUGGACGCUGCCGAUCUCAACCGGAGCAAAGCUCUCCUCGCCACGGCUGCCGAGGAAGCAGACGCCCCGUUAGACCAGGCCCCUGGAGAGAGUGAGUAUUCAGACCCCUUUGAUGCUCACCGGGAACCAAAAGGUGACAUGGAAGAGGAUGUUGAGUUGGAGAACAACGGCUACAUGGAGCCCUACGAUGCCCAGAAGGUGGUGGCUGAUAUCCAGCGGAAGAGCGAGUGGGACGAACAGCGGGUGAAGAAAUCCCGGAUUGGUCUGCAGCUUUACGACACCCCAUAUGAGGAGAAGGAAGUGGAGGCCGACCCAGAGGCCGUCCCCACGGAUAAGCCUCGCAAGAGCCGCCUGCCCCAGGAGGAUGAGCGCCCGGCCGAUGAAUACGACCAGCCAUGGGAGUGGAAGAAGAACCACAUCUCCCGGGCUUUUGCUGUAGACAUAAAGGAGAAUAAAGUAUUGCCUUGGCCACCGCCCGUAGGACAACUUAUGGGGACAGAAGAAUCCCUAGAUCCAGAAGCGCAGUUCGAAACCCCCGAGUGGGACCGGACCUCCUCCUCCUCAUCAUCCUCGUCCUUGGCCCACAAAGAGCACCGGCCGCGUCCGCCGAAGCCCCUGACGGGGUCCGCCAAGUUGGGCCGGCCACAGAGCCCUGAGUCUGGCACCCCCCUGGCCGAGCGCAUCGACCCGUCGCUGCCCCUGGAGAGCCAGGCGUGGUUUCAUGGCCCCAUCAGCAGAGCUGAAGCCGAGACACUCUUGACGCUGUGCAGGGAAGGCAGCUACCUGGUUCGGAACAGCAAGACCAGCUGCGAUGAAUAUUCCCUCUCGCUCAGGAGCAGCCAAAGUUUUACGCACAUGAAGUUCACCCAAACAAAGGACAGCAAGUACAUCUUGGGCCAAAACAGCGCCCCGUUCGACAGCAUCCCAGAGGUCGUCCACCACUACACCACCCGAGAAUUGCCCAUCAAGGGGGCUGAGCAUCUUUCUUUGCUGUAUCCGGUGGCGGUUCAGACUCUGUAACGCAAGCGGGGCGGAGGCCGCAAAGUUGCUCUGGGUCCAAAGAGUCGGCCCUGAACGUCGUCUGGACCAGGGAUGGUGUCUUGCUGACAGUCUCUCCCCUUUCGAUGGGAAUUCCUCUUGCUGGAGAGCGGCUG